CAGCCAGCGCCCGCCUCGCCUGCGGCUCUUGCCAUAAAAUGAUGCAAAGCUCCGCGCUCGCCACGGAAGGGGCUGUCAAGGGGCUUCCAGAAAUUCUUGGCGUGCCAAUGCAACAGAUCCCCCAAUGUGCUGGCUGCAACCAGCACAUCUUGGAUAAGUUCAUCCUGAAAGUCCUCGACCGCCACUGGCAUAGUUCCUGCCUCAAGUGCGCCGACUGCCAAAUGCAGCUGGCCGACCGCUGCUUCUCCAGAGCCGGGAGCGUCUAUUGCAAGGAAGACUUCUUUAAGCGCUUUGGUACAAAAUGCACAGCGUGCCAGCAGGGGAUCCCGCCAACGCAGGUGGUCAGGAAAGCCCAGGACUUUGUCUAUCAUCUGCACUGCUUUGCAUGCAUUAUCUGCAACCGCCAACUGGCCACAGGUGAUGAGUUCUACCUCAUGGAAGAUGGGCGCCUGGUGUGCAAAGAAGAUUAUGAAACAGCCAAGCAGAAUGAUGAUUCAGAAGCAGGAGCAAAGAGGCCCCGAACCACCAUUACAGCCAAGCAGUUAGAAACGUUGAAAAAUGCCUAUAAAAACUCCCCCAAACCAGCCAGACACGUGCGAGAGCAGCUGUCCUCGGAGACUGGAUUGGACAUGCGGGUCGUGCAGGUCUGGUUUCAAAACAGGAGGGCCAAAGAGAAACGUUUGAAGAAGGAUGCUGGCCGACACCGCUGGGGACAGUUCUACAAGAGCGUAAAGAGGAACCGAGGAGGCAGCAAGCAUGAAAAAGAGAGCUCGGCAGAGGACUGCGGGGUCAGCGAUAGCGAGCUGAGCUUCCGAGAAGACCAAAUACUGUCAGAGCUUGGCCACAACAAUAGAAUUUACAGCAACGCAGGUGAGGUGGCUGGUGGACCACUCAUGAACGGCACCUUCGCCAUAGAUGGGUCAGGACAAUCCUAUCAGGACUUGAGAGACGGAAGUCCCUACGGAAUCCCCCAGUCUCCGGCCUCCAUAUCGUCCCUUCCAUCGCACACUCCUUUGCUAAACGGUCUGGAUUACACAAUGGACAAUAAUUUAGGAAUCGUAGCACACGGAGGGCAGGGAGUGGGUCAGACACUCAGAGCUAUGGCCGGGGGUCCAACCUCUGAUAUUUCUACCGGAAGCAGUGUGGGUUAUCCAGACUUUCCAACAAGCCCGGCUUCUUGGCUGGAUGAAAUGGAUCAUCCUCCGUUUUAAGUACCAAUUGUCCUUCAAUUUUAUUUUAUUUUUUGCCAUAUCCCCCCUUGCUCUUUUGGCCUGAAAGCAUACUUAACCUAAAAAAAAAAACAGAGGGAGAGAGACAGCGAGCAGACGUCAAGGAUCACAGGUGUGCCAUCCUGCAAAAGUUCCUAUUAUUUUAGAAUGGGAACCCAUUCUCUUUUUCCUGUAGAGCUUCAAAGAUGUUAUGAUAUUAUUAAUAUACAUAUACAUAUACACACACACACACACAUACACACACACACAUAUAUAUAUUUGCUUUCUGUUGGAGUGGGACAAUAGGAGGGGCCCCCUCUGCACACAGCACAUUGGUGUGGACAGUACUUGUAUGAAUUUAGAGGUACAGGCUGUAGCAAAACACAGAUCCACUGAUUCUCCCCCUGGCCAAGGGUCUCUGUUGUUGGCUGUGAUGUCUGCAUAGGGUGAACUUGACGCAUCACCUGGUAUGGCUCCCAGUUGCUCGAGUCUAGGCGCGCAAGCAAUGGCAAUGCAAUAUUUUUCCAACCAGGCAUCACCGAUGACUCUCGAAGUGGUGGAAUUGUAGGGGGAGUUGGCGGGCGUGUCCUUUCCACCUUUUCUCACCCUAUAUCUCCUUGGAUGGUUCGUGAACGAUGGGCCCAUCUUUGCCUUAUAUAUGAGGAGGGGUGGGGCAGUUGCAGACAGCCAAAUUGCAGCUUCUGAGUGAAUGCAUGAGAUGGAAAACCCUUGGUCCCCUGAGGUCUACUCUGACCGGCUGUGACUCUCCAAGGUCUCAGGUGAGGUCUUCCUCAUAAUCUCCUACCUGAGAUGUUUUUAACUGGAGACCGAACCUGGGGCUGUCUGCAUGCCAAGCGGGUGCUGCGGUCCCUUAGGACUGACUGCACUUCUUCCUCGACCAUAUCACUGUUGCUUUCCUUCUCUUCUGGCUUCCCCCCACCCCUAUCCUAAUGGGCAGUAGCUAAAGCAUGGUAGACGCAUUAGUGGUCCCCCUGGGUUCUAGGCCCCCUUUACUGACCAAUAGGCCACUGCUGCUAUUGGCUGCGGAGAAAAUAGCAGUACAUUUAGAUUAGGCAUUCCCUAAGUGGGCGGUCAGUGGAAACAUCAAGGGGGUGGUGAGGAAUUUUGGGACUGUAGCGGAGUGGCAGAGAAUUUGGGGGCGGACUAGGGGCAGGGGUUCCUGGUCCACCUGGCGAGGAAAAAGGUCUUGUCCUUCUGUCCUUGCCAUGUGGUGACUGGUGACUUUUAAAGAGAAAGCAACAGCAGUCGCCUGCUGUGUAGCCCAGGGUGGGCAGGUGAGCUAAGGCAAAGAGUCCCAUUGCCGCUGCUUUGCCAGGCAAGAUUCUUUUAAAGAAAAAGCAGCGGCACUCUCCUGGCUGCUGUUGUGAAUUUGCAGUAGACCUAAUACCAAGAAAGAGGUGUGUGCUUGUAUGUGGGCAGGCGGGGGGGAGGGGGGGCACUAGGAACGUGCCCUGGAAGCCAAGGGAGCGGCAACAUGAAAAGGUUUGGAACCACUGAUUUAGAUAUUAUACUAUAGCAGAGCUAAACAAAAACGCUAACCGUUUAGGGAAGGCCAGCAAACCAUUGUUGCCCCCAGAUUUUUUAGAGCAACAUGACCACCAGCUGUACCCCCCAGUUGGGUACUGCCCUAGCCAGUGAUCCCAGUAAAAAAAUAGAUUCCAGUUCUUUGGGACAGUCCUCCCCUCUCUUGAGUCCACUUCAUUCCAUUUGUUUGGUUUUGCCAUGGUCCCUAUGACCUCUGUGAUCUUGCUGGAUGCAGCACAGGCGACUGAAGGUGACCUGCAAGCAUUCAGCCUCAACCUCCCACCAGCUACGCAAAUGCCCACCGGCUUAAGGUCUACCUACCAUUCAAGCACAAAGUAGUGAUAGCCCUGAGUUUGUCCAAUUAAAAAUGGAGAGCAUUGGCUUCUGUGCCCCAGGCACACCUGGGUAAUCUGGUUGGACAUUCUACCCCUGGUGCACGCUGAUUGUUUCUGCAGAUUUUACAGUGUGGCCCCAUUCUGAGGGAUGCAGAGUAUUCCCUUUCAUGAUGUCACCAUCAUACUGCUGCAGAAGACGGUCUCCACAGUAGAACUGUUGCCUCAACCUGAUGGAAAAGAUGCAAUAAUAACUCGGUGGCCCUUCUUUAGAAGGCCCCUUUUGCUCAGUGUUCAUCUGCUAAGGACCGUGUUUUAGGAUGAGGAAGAAUAUGAACUUAGGGCUAGAAGAUCUAGACUACAUUUUCCAUCCGCAGAAGAAAACACUUCUGCUAUCCUACUGGAAACCAUGACAUUCUAAUCCUGCGAGGAGGCAGCUCUACAGCAUGAAGGGGGGAAAUCCAUGGCAGUAAUCCAUUUAGCGCAGCUCCAACCCACAGGCUAGAAAACCAUCAUGACAAUCAUGCAAACUAAGACAUUAUUAGCCACAAGACAGAUAAAUCAAGGGGGGGGGUGGUUUUACAUAGCAGAGAUAUGAGAACCAGAGGCGAUAACCAUUUUUUAAAAGUCCUGCCAACAAAAUUUAGUUUUUCUGAGCGUUGCUGGGCAAGUGGUAACCCUUCCCUACCACUUGCUAAGGUUUAGAUGUCUCCAGCAUGAAAUAAUUCCAGAGGGUAGCCCUGUGAGUCUGUUGGAGCAGCACCAACAAGUCUAGUGGCACCUUAAGAAAUCAGCAAUAUUUAUUCUGGCAGAAUCUUUUGCUAAUCAGAGCUCGCUGUUGAAUUGAUCCCCGAAUCAUGAAAUAGCAUGUUGGACUCGUUUCAUUUUCCAGCAGAAAAGUACUUGCUAGGAUGCAAACAAACCUUAACAAGAACAAAAAAAAUGUAUUGUCGAAGGCUUUCACAGCCGGAUUCAACUGGUUGUGGUGGGUUUUCCGGGCUGUGUAGCCCGGAAAACCCACCACAACCAACACAAAGUUUUCUAUGCACUAGUUGGAAUCAGAAGACACCCAGAAUGUAAGAAGAAGAGUUCAAUUUCUCUCUCCUGUAAGGAGACUCAAAGGGGCUUAAAAACUCCUUUCCCUUUCUGCCCCCCCCCACA